AUGCGCCCUUUCGUACUCGCCGCCUCGACACUGGCGCUAUCGCUGUCACUCCCUCUAACAACAGCCAAAUCACUCUGGUCCAAUACACCCGGCGAUAAUGACAAUUUUAUCACGACGGCGAUUCCAUUGGGGAAUGGACGGUUGGGAGCAAUGCCAUUGGGCGCCUACGGCAAGGAAAUCAUCAAUCUGAACAUCGACUCGUUAUGGCGUGGCGGGCCAUUUGAAGAUGAGUCUUACACCGGCGGAAACCCCAACGCCUCCAUCGCCGCCGCACUGCCCGACAUCCGCGAUUUCAUCUUCCAGAACAAAACCGGCAAUGUGUCUGCCUUGCUGGGUGAGUUUCCUCAUUACGGGUCAUACCAGGUUCUUGGGAAUCUGACGGUUGAUUUGGGGCCUCUGGAUCAUGUGCAUGGGUAUAGACGGACUCUGGAUUUGGAGUCGGGUGUGUAUACGGAUGGGUUUAGUUUUGAGAAGGGGGGUAGGAAUGCGUCGGUUCAGCGAGAGGCGUUUUGCUCGUAUCCGGACCAAGUAUGUGUGUAUCGCGUGCGAUCAGAGUCAGGUCUUCCAGCUGUUCAGAUCGGGUUGGAGAAUCGCGUCGUUGAACCAGCUCCGAAAGUGAGUUGUCAAGGUAAUAGUCUCGUUCUUCACGGACAAACGGCUCCCAGCAUUGGGAUGAUCUAUAAUGCCAGGGCGACUGUCGUGACUGGUUCGAAGACAAGUAAAGACCUCUGUUCGUUGUCCUCGUCCACGUCCACUGUGAAAAUCCCACCAGGUCAACCGGAGGUAUACAUCAUCCUAGCGGCAGGGACGAACUAUGAUUCUUCCAAGGGCAACGCAGCCGACGGGUACUCAUUCAAAGGCGAAGACCCGACCUCCAGGGUUCAAGAGACCGUUACCAAAGCCAUCCGCAAGAAAUCCUUCACCCGACUCAAGAAAUCGCACAUCGCCGACUUCCAGUCGAUAUAUGGAGACUUCACGCUCAGCCUACCGGACCCGAACGGGUCGGCGAAGAAGCCGACAACGGACCUCCUCGCCUCCUACGAUCAACCGGGCGAUCCCUUCGUCGAAAACCUCCUCUUCGACUACGGUCGAUACCUGUUCCUGUCGGCGUCACGACCGGGCAGCUUACCGCCGAACUUGCAGGGUCUGUGGACGGAGCAGGACUCUCCCGCUUGGAAAGCCGACUACCACGCCAAUAUCAACCUGCAGAUGAACCACUGGGGAGUCGAGACGACGGGUCUCGGAGGACAGACGGAGCCGCUGUGGACUUAUAUGACGGAGACCUGGAUGCCGCGGGGCGCUGAGACAGCUCGACUUCUGUAUGGCGCGGAGGAAGGAUGGGUGGUGCAUAACGAGGUGAAUAUAUUUGGACACACGGCGAUGAAAAACGGCGCUGAAUGGGCCAACUACCCCGUCGUCAACGCGUGGAUGGCACAACACGUCUGGGACCAUUUCGACUAUACCCAGAACGUCACCUGGUAUCGACAGACGGGAUACCCGAUUCUCAAAGGCACGGCGCAUUUCUGGCUCUCGCAGCUUGUCGAGGAUGAAUACAGCCAGGAUGGAACGCUGGUCGUCAACCCUUGCAAUUCCCCAGAGCAUGGACCUACGACAUUCGGCUGCACACACUACCAACAACUAAUCUGGGAAGUAUUCGACCACAUCCUCCAAGGCUGGUCCGCAUCCGACGACACCAACGGUACAUUCAAGGCCGCCAUCUCAGCCGCACACACAAAACUCGACCCUGGAAUCCACAUCGGCAGCUGGGGCCAAAUCCAAGAAUGGAAACUCGACAUCGACACUCCCAAUGACACGCACCGCCACCUCUCCGAGCUCUACGGCUGGUAUCCAGGGUAUCUGCUCUCCUCGGUGCACGGAUCUAACCGGACGAUCAGCUCUGCCGUCGCGAAGACACUCACCUCGCGCGGCGACGGCACACACGAUCAGAAUACCGGGUGGGGGAAGGUCUGGCGGAGUGCGUGCUGGGCUGUCCUGCGUGACGCGGAGAAGGCGUAUGAGCUGCUGACGCUGGCUGUGAGGGAUAAUAUCGCACCAAAUGGGCUGUCGAUGUAUGGCGGGAGUCCGCCGUUUCAGAUUGAUGCGAAUUAUGGGAUUCUGGGCGCGGUGGUGGCGAUGUUGAUUAGGGAUUUGGAUGGCAGGAGGGCAGGUGCUGCGAGGGUGCAGGAGGUGGUUUUGGGUCCGGCGAUUCCCGCGGCUUGGGGUGGUGGGAGUGUGAAGGGGUUGAGAUUGAGAGGGGGUGGGAGGGUUGGGUUUAGCUGGGAUGAGAAGGGGGUUGUUACGUCUUGUCGGGCGGAUUUGAAGGGUAGUGGGAAGGGGGUGCCGGAGUUGGUGUUUUCUGUUCGUGGGGGGAAGUCGAUUGCAUGCUGA